CAAAACGUAAACUGUGACUAGCACAAGCGAAGUAAUAAUAGCAACAUACUCCAUUUCAGAUCAGGACGGUUCAAGGCUAACUUUCGGGCUCUCAAUCUUCGCAACACCUUCCUUGACGUUAGAUUGGCGUAUCUCGCUGACCUGCAUUUAGUAUCGACUUUAUUUUUGUGGACUGUGACGCACAACAGCCUUGAGACAAGCGUUGUGGAGGAAUGCGGGCUCUUCUGCACUCAUGCCCGGCCGCUUCUGGCUAUCGGAUAACACGUUCAACAGCUCAGGCCCCCGCCUGCCCCAGGCUAAGACUCACAAAGCCCCAGUUGCUCCGGUCGCCGGUUUGGUGCCAGAGCGCAGCCGGCGAUGGGCCGGGUGCCAGCAAGCAGCCGGAGCCGGAGCCGGGUCACACGCCUGCGCCGGUUCCUGCAGGUGCUGGGGCGGCAGCGUUGCCGGCAGAGCCUGAAAAGUUGGUCUUCGGACUUCCUGCCCUGACAUGGCAGAAGGCUAUUCCCCUUGGCCUCAUGUUCUUCUGCAUCCUGUUCAACUACACCACACUGCGCAAUACAAAGGACGUGCUGGUGGUGACGGCCCCGGGUGCCGGUGCCGAGGUGAUUCCGUUCCUCAAGACGCUCGACCUGCCCAUGGCCAUCCUGUUCACCAUGACCUAUACCGCGCUUGCGAACCGGCUGACGUCGGACAUGCUGUUCUACGCCUGCCUGCUGCCGUUCAUCGCCUUCUUCGGCGUGUUCGGCUUCUUCGUCUACCCCAACAAGGAGGUACUGCACCCCACGGAGUUCUGCAACCAGCUGGACAUCACGCUGGGACCUCGCUUCCACGCGCCGCUGGCGCUGCUGCGCACCUGGACCUACAGCGCCUUUUACCUGGUGGCUGAGAUGUGGGGCAGCAUCGUGGUGAGCCUGCUGUUCUGGGGCCUGGCCAACAGCGUGAUGACGGUGGACGAGGCCGCCACCUUCUACCCGCUGUUCGGCAUGGGCGCCAACCUGUCGCUCAUCGUGGCGGGCGGCGUCACGGAGCGCCUGUCGAAGCUGCGCGCCUCACUGCCGCCGGGCGUGGACGGAUGGGGCGUGGCGUUGCAAGGCCUGAUGGGGCUGGUGGUCCUCAACGGCAUCAUCAUCUCCAUCCUGCACUGGGGGAUGCAGAAGUGGGUGGUGCCCAAGGUACAGGCGCAGCGCGCGGCGCUGGCGGCAGCAGGGAAAGGCGGCAUGCCCAAGGCCAAGAAGCACAAGGCCAAAAUGAACAUGAUGGAGAGCUUCAAGUUCCUGGCGUCCAGCCCCUACAUCCGCGACAUGGCCACCAUGGUGGUGUCAUUCGGUGUGGCGCUGCAGCUGGUGGAGGUGACGUGGAAGGCCAAGCUCAAGACCGCCUACCCCGACCCCGCAGACUACUCCGCCUUCAUGGGCAAGUUCAGCGAGACCACAGGCAUCGUGACGCUGACGAUGAUGCUCCUCGGUCGCUUCGUGAUCAAGAAGUUUGGCUGGGGCGUGGCGGCGCUGGCCACCCCCACCGUCAUCUUGGCCACCGCCAUCGUCUUCCUGGCGCUGGUCAUGUCCAAGAACCUAUUCGCCGCGCCGCUGGCGGCCAUGGGCACGACACCGCUGAUGGCGGCGGUGGUUGUGGGCAGCCUGCAGAACGUGUUCAGCCGCGCCUCCAAGUACUCGCUGUUCGACCCUUGCAAGGAGAUGGCCUACAUCCCGCUGGACGACGAGAUCAAGGGCAAGGGCAAGGCGGCGGUGGACGUGGUGGGCAACCUCGUGGGCAAGAGCGGCGGAGCCGUGCUGCAGCAGGCCGCCAUCUUCACCUUUGGCUCGCUGGCCGCCUCCACGCCCUACCUGGGCAUCGGCCUGGCCAUCAUCAUCAUCAACUGGAUCCGCGCGGUGCUCAGCCUAGAAAAGCAGUUCUACGCGCUCAAGGACCACAAGGAGGCCGUGCUGGCCAAGCAGCAGGAGGAGGCAGAUGCGGCGGCCGGAAGCAACGAUCUCAGCGAGAGCGGCGGCGCUGCCGCGCUCAAGCCCAACCCCGCAUAGGCGGGCCCGCAUUGUGGCGCUUGCUGGGUGCAUUUGGGCGGAAGUUUGGGCCGUGGACGUGGUGGCGUGACGUGUCGUGGCAUGCUGGCUAUGCUUGGCGCGCCGGGUGUGCAAGGCGUGCGAGUGGCAAGAGCGCAGCUUGUGACGGAUGAGUACGAAAUGUGGCGUAGCGUUGUAGAGGUACAGGCAGCAGUUCAGUGUUGACGGGCAUGAGUAGAGGGCUAGGGGCAUGAGCAGCUGGAUGGAGAGAGAAGAAUGGCAGGCUUUAUCUGGCUUGGCAGACAUUCAAUAUUCUUCAGGGGCACAUGAGGGGUUGCAUCAUGAGAGGCUGCUGCAAGCGCAUGGAUCAGCGUCUGCAGGCGGGGAGUCGAGCUACAGAGCGCGUGUGUCCCCAUGUGCGAGGGUGAUUACGGUAUGUGUGGUGUGCUUGGACAUCUGGUGCCGGCCCCAACCGCACCUGAACGACCGAUGUGAACAAGCUAGGCUGCAGCGUGAGAGCUCAUCAGUACGUAUAAAGUAAGGGAAAUGGUGCUGGUGCUGGUACAUAAGACUUUGAGGACGAACGGUGCUUACUGCUUGUGACACAGGAUGGCUUGGGUUCAGCGCACAACGCCACCCUGGCACGCUUCAGCCCACCCUCGCCAGCGGACUGUCACUGUCUAGCCGACCGGGGGCAGUCGAGGCGAUGGCCAUCCGAGGCCCUCUGGCACUCUCCACGUUCCCAUAAGAGGCAACAAUGUUUUUGAUGAUAGGCGACAACUUGGAACGGUGUAAGAGAGCUAUCGCUGGGCACCAAGAAGAGAAACC